AUGGGACAUUCCCUUGGAGGGGGCGUCUCUCUAUCUUUAGCAUCCAAACUGUGUCGAAAUCAAAACGUCGACUUUCUUCAAAACUUUACUUCGAAAAAAACACAAAAUUCUGCUGAAGAGUUUGAAAUGGAAGUCGUCGCAAAUUCUUCUUCUUCUGACGAUAACCAAUUAUCAUUAAUCACUGAGUAUAAAAAAUGUCCACCUGCCGGAGUUGUCAUCAUUUCAUCAUUCACAAGCGUUGUCGGUGUUUUGUCGAAUACUUUGUCUGACUAUGUUUCCUGUGACAUGUUUCAAAACAUCAAAAAAGUAAAGUCCAUUGACGUCCCAAUUUUUGUUGUUCAUGCGACAAACGACGAGAUAAUUCCAAAAGACCACGCACUUACACUUUUUAAUAAUCUUAAAGAAAAGUCAAAGUAUAAAGUGCUCUACAUUGACGACUGUGAUCACAAUUCGAUUUUGGAAACAAGUGUUUUGUUUGACGAGUUAGCAAAAUUCAUUACAAUGGUAAAGAACAACGUAUAA